CAACCUCGAGUCCAGUAAUGGCGAGCGGAAGGACAAAUUAUAAACAAUUUCAAGGGAGUGGAUAACAGCAAUCCUAUGUUGUCACGGAUGUAGUCGAGGUACUAGUGUAAUUGUGUGUACAAUUUUAUAUAGGCUACAUUACCAGAGGUUUUGCGUAAAAUACCAUUGAAGUACCAUGCAGCUCGCAAAGUACUGUACAGAUAGGCUACACUGCUAGGCCGCUAAAAUUUAGCUACGCAAAUACGGAUAACUGAACAUGGAACAAUGUUGACUACUACCAACUUAGCCAGCAAUUUCACUGUAAUUUCUUGAAAACGCACGAUACCCAAGUAGCACAGCUACAUUGCAGAAAUAUACGAAUUGUGGUUCUAUUGCUUGGAACGAUAAAAUGAGCAAGCAAGUAGACAGCGGUAAGCUGUCUGAAUCCACCAAGAAACGAAGCUCUAGCACUGAUCAGGGUAGCUCCCCCCACUCUAAGCGGUGCAAAGUGGAUGACUGUUCUGGGGAUAAAGUUGACGUUUCAGAGAAAAUUGAAUCUACAGCCCAAAAGGCAGACGCACAAGAUAAUGGUGGGGAUACUAAGUCAAGAGAGGACGACUCUCCCCGUUGUGUGUCAGGGACGCGAGGACAGGUUGAGACUGCUGCUGACACUCAGGACUUGAGCAGGAAAGGCGACGUUGAUUCCAGUAGUGCGGAACAAGCGGGAAGCAACAGUGACAAGUGUGAACCAGGUGGAGAGGCAGCUGAAGCAGCAUCGUAUUACGGCGAUAAAGAAUGUCGGCCCUCAACGUCGGAGAAGCGGUCAGAUUCAGCGGCGAUCGCCGCAGCAGAGGCACUGGCCAGUCUAACCGGUGGAAAUAAGGAUAAAAGUGGCGAGGAAAUGCCGUGCUCGUCUAAGCAAGCCACCAGUUCUAAGGACAUAUCCAAGCUGGGCCAACAACCGGAGGCGGCUCCUGCAGACAGCUCCUCGUCGCUUCUCACUCGGGAUGACGAAGAGGACGCAGGGGAUGGCGACGAAGACGACUCUUUACCAGGGUCAUCGUCCACCCCAAGCUCUUCGCUCGCGUCGGAUAAUGACGAAGACGAAUGUGCCAUAGUGUCUGUGAAAAUGGCACCGGAGAUUCGGCAGUCCAUCGCACAUCUUGCCCAGGUGCAGACACAGCUGAACACGCUGGAGAAGAAAGGCGCGCGUCUCUACCAGCGCCUCGAACUCAAACUGGAACGGCAGCGACGCCCUCACCUGGACCAGCGCAGCGCGAUCACCCACACCAUCCCUGGCUUCUGGGUUACCGCCCUUCUGAAUCAUCCAUACCUGUCUCCACACAUAGACGAAAAUGAUGAGGAUGCACUCAGCUACAUGACCAAUCUGGAAAUUGAGUCAUUCAAACAUAAUAAGCUUGGGUACAGGAUCCGCUUCCACUUUCGACGCAACCCUUACUUUCAGAACACCGUCAUCAUGAAGGAACUCCACCUUGGAAUGGGAGGUUCGCCGGUGUCCAUGUCCAACCCCAUCCUGUGGCACCGUGGGCAGAACCUUACAGGCUCCGCAGAGCAGAGGCGCUCCACACGGGGCGGCUACCAGAGCUUCUUCAGCUGGUUCAGUGACCACAGCUGUCCUGGCAGGGACGACAUCGCUCAGAUCUUGAAGGAUGACCUGUACAGAAAUCCUCUCCGGUACUACCUAACUCCGCUGUGGGAACCUAGGGAGAACGGCAGUGCCCCGAAGCCGCCGGCCAGCAACAACGGAGACGAGUGUGUUGUGAUCUCUGACUCGGAAGAUGACGACGAGCCCGACGAGAGUAGCCAAGAGUCUCGCCGGGAGGAAAGACAGACUGAGGAGGAGGAGGACGACGACGACGAAGAUGAGGAUGAGGGUGGUCGAGUUGCAGGGUCGGAAGACAGCAAUGCUGAUGUCGGAGAGUCCUCUUAUGAGGAGAAAGAGGAAGAGGAAGUAGACGUAGAGGAAAUGGACGAGUCACAUGACUCUGGGGCUGAUGAGGUCCGAGACCGAGAGGAAGAGGGUGAGGAGAACGUUGAUGUUGAUGAGGGAGGGGAGGGAGAGGAGAACUGAUGAAUAGCAGGGAUUUGAUCUCAGUCAGGGUUUCAUUUCACCAUCAGGUGAUGUAAGUUAGCACAAAAUGAAAGGCAUAAGAUGCAAUGCUUGUGACGACUAUGCCACAAAAAAGGUACAUUAAAUACUUCACUAUUACAGUUGUUUAUGAAAGUCUCACCACACAAGAUUGUUGUAAAACAACAAAUGACCUGGCAUUGCAGAGAGGCGUUUGGUUCUAAUCACCAGUUGUUAGUAGAAGAAAGGCUCAGGAAUGCCCCCCCCUUUUUUUUGAGUAAGCAUCGUUGAAUUCCCAAACUCAAAGGUUUAUUUUCAACCAUGACCAGAAAGCCAAUAUGAACUCACACAGAAAAUAAGUAAUACUGAAUUGGUCCCCUGCUUUGGAAAGCAAUAUUGUUCCUAAUGUUUCAUUAAUUUUUCCCCAUUCCAACCCUAAUGUUUCAUUUAUUAUUGGGACAAUAAGGGCUGUGUAAAAGUGCUUGGACCUACAAUAUUGUCAGGUUUUUAGCUUUUUUUUUUUUUUAUUUUGCUUUGUGUAGCAUGUGCAUAUCCGUGUCCCAUGUAGACUCACACCUCACAUUACGAUCAUGUUCUUACAAUGGUUCAAUGCCACGUACAAUAUAUACCAUAACAGAAAGUAAUGCAGGAACGGUCCUUUUUUUCAAAGUUGAACUCGCAUCCUGUUAGCAGUGUAUUAUAAAUUCGGCUCACUGUGGCAAACAUUUUUACUGACCUAAACAUAAACAUAAUGGCCAUUUACGUUUAAGAAUAUGGGCAUGGUCGCCCUGAUAUAGUCCUGGUAUUGGUUGUCUUGGUAAUUGGAUUUCCAGACUCCCAUGACCUCAGUAACAACACAACCCAUAAUAUUAGCCUAUUUCUUCCACUGAUGGUCUUCUCUGCUGGUUGCUUUCCUUUCCAGUAUUAAUCAAGACCUUAGUAGCUUUUGCUUAGGAGAAUUUUUAAUUUGUGGUGUAAUUUUGAUAGUCAUUCCACCUCGCGCUCAAUUAAAUGUUCAACCACACAUAAUAAAAACCAAUGAAGACAAAUAGGAUCUGCAUAAAAGACUGUUCAAUUGAAUCUCGUUGGUACUGUAAAAUGUUUGUAAGUAAUGCUAGAAUAUAAUUUAAAGAUCUAAUUAAUACCAGCAUUAGAUCCACUAGCUUCCUUGUACUAAAAACCUUUUUUAUUUUUUAAUCCAUAAAUACCUAGCACGUCUUGUGUGUAUAUAGUCAUAAGAUGUUGGACAGUGUCCUAAACAAAUUAUCUGAGUGCUCAUGCCACCCUUGAUAUCCUUUGGUCAGUUGCCAUCCAUUUGAAGGUUUCAUCAGAGGGAAAAGUAUAACCUUUAAGCUUAUUAAAGUCGAUAUGUUUGACAGCUAUUUCUGUAGUGGAGAGAACAAUGUUAAAAAUGUUCCGAUGUACCUAGUAGUUCCAAACCAAAUCUGGAAUUCUCAGGGAUGUUCUAAAAUCCUUUCUUCACAUUGAUCUCUUAGUGUUUACCCCAUCAUCCUUAAUUAUCUGCUUUAUUGGUUUGCUGUGUUUUUUUUCUGCCCUGUCUCUCCUUUUUUUAUAUAUCUGAACACACAGAGACACACCCAAGCAUCCCCUACACAAAAGCACACACCUAAUAAUUAUACACAAUGUAAAGUAUAGGUGUCCGUGCAUGUUGAAAUACUUCAUAGACUCCAUCUGACAUGCACCACGGGAAGGCGGUCUCUCAUUCAGCGUAAUGUUAACUCCACACCUUCCAUAAGAAUACCAUGCUAUACAUUUGCUGUACAUGCACUGCUAUUAGGUGUUUAUUCAUCUCUUAAAAAGGU